UGACAAACGCGCAUCUACGACCGCGCGAUUCCUGCGCUUACAGGUAGUCUCUGCUCCGGGUCAAAGUUUGGCCGAUGCUUGUGGAUUUGGUCACCAGUCAUUCGAGACAUCACUCCGCUGAUUGUCCCCUCCGCAGAGCUCCUUGCUACCUACGGCGCUACAGAGCUCGACUGCUUGAUCGAAAGCAUGAAUGAAGGAUGGAACAAAUCUAUUCCGCUUACCGGCACCCGCCCGCAACCCGACUACUCCGUGGGGUUCAGACGUGAAGCGUUCACCGACGACCAGCUUGAAAAGCUUUCACCGUUCAUCGGCAACUUCCUUGAUGGGGACCAGUCGUUCUUCAUGGCCACGUACAUGAUGUAUUUUCCGUUUCUGACGUGCGAGGUUAAGUGCGGCGCCGCAGCUUUAGAUACCGCGGAGCGACAGAAUGCUCAUAGCAUGACGUUUGCUGUUCGGGCUGUUAUUGAACUGUUUCGGCUUGUGAAGCGAGAGGACGAACUCAAUCGUCGAGUCACGGCGUCUUCAGUUUCGCAUGACCAUCGGCUUGUAGGAAUUUAUGGACACUAUGUGGUGAUUGAUGGCAAGGACACUAAAUUUUACCGCCAUCCCAUCCAUGAAUUUUCCUUUGCUGCUCUGGAUGGCAAGGGGAAACGGACGGUAUACCACUUCACGAAGAACGUGUACGAGAUUUGGAUGCCAUCACACUACAAACAGAUCUGUUCAGUUAUCGACCAGCUGCCGUCUCACUUGUCACAGUCGGAGAUUGUCUCUGUACUAUCAACAGGAGAAUAUGACCAGCACUUGGGCGUUGAACAGCAAGACGAAUCUGCGGAUAACUCAUUUGCGGGAUCAAGCGAAACGAACAGGCCGAGGGUUCUAAGCCACCCAUAGCCUUCUC